GCUUCAGCUAAAGCGGGUUUGCAAUUUCUGUCUCAGAAAUUCCGAUGUAAUUUCUUGUGAAUUAGAGGACUGCGUCUAAUAUUACGAAAGCACAUUAAUUUUAUCGAUUCUAAGGACGAGAGAACAUACGUUCUCAUGGUACAUUGUAUUGCUUCGUCUCCGUAAAUUGUUACGGAAUUAUCGUCGGGUUCGUGAGACAGAACGUCACAUAAUAAGAAGAAAUAGCUGCAGUUUCACAAGUGACUUUUACAUUUCUCAUAUAUUAAAUAUAGUAUGUUAUAUAAAUUGUGCAUACUGGAACAUACUGGAACAUACUGAACAUAUGAUAAACAAUUGAUUUUUUAAACCAAAUUCGAAGUAUUCGUGAGGAUUUUUGUCUUGUUUUCGGUCGGAAGACGAUGUCUUCCAGUCGCGAAAUAACGAAAGAACGAGGAACAAUCGCGCCGAAUUUUCACUUGCGGGUGAGCCUGUCGAUCAUCUACUUUUUAGGCACAUGGCCACCACUUACGGGAAAGUAUCGACCUCUGUAUUUACUCUAUACCAUCUGUAUCUUCACCUUCAUGCUAGGUAUCUUCCUCGUUACCGAAAUAGCGAAUAUGCUCUUGAACUUGGGAGACCCUGCGAAGAUCGUCGCAGGUGCGACUUUACUCAUGACGAAUUGCACCCACGCUUCCAAGGUGAUAGUCAUGCUUCGUUGUCAAGCGCGGAUCAAGGCACUCCUAGACAUAAGCAACAGUCACGUCUUCAAUCGACACGACAAGACGCACCAGGAUCUCCUGAUCAGCUACACGUGGAAAGGUCUCUUCCAUCAUGCGGCCUAUCAGAGUUUCGGGGCAAUUGCGGUGUUUUGUUGGGGCUUCACUCCCAUCGCCGAUCUGAUCGCCGGCCGCUCGCGCAGACUACCGAUGGAGGGAUGGUAUCCUUACAACGUGACGAGAACGCCGGCCUUCGAGAUCACUGCAGGACAUCAGGGUGUCGCAAUCAUAAUCGCAUGCUUCCACAAUGUAGCGAUGGACACGCUGAUCACCGGUCUGAUCACGGUCGCUUGUUGUCAGCUUGCGAUUUUGAAGCGAAACAUUAUCUCGAUAGAUAACGAGAAAAAUAUUCACAGCGCGUCAAAUGUCAAGGGAGAGUCGGGCGAGAUUGCAGAGAAAGAUCAUCUGUCUUAUCAACAACUCAAGCGAAACGCUGUACACAGUAAUAUGAUAUUUUAUUUCACGAGGGAAAUCCAGGACAUUUUCGGCACCGUGAUCUUUCUUCAAUUUCUUUCCAAUUGUGUGAUCAUCUGUCUGAUUGCUUUUAAUGUAUCGCAGAUGAAGGAGUAUGUUCCGGCGGUGCUGAUUGGCAUGCUGACGUAUAUGUGUUGUAUGACAUAUCAGAUAUUUAUCUUCUGUUGGCAUGGUAAUGAAUUGCAUCUCCAUAGCUUACGCAUAGUCACAGCAGCUUACUCGAGCAAAUGGUUCUCGGGAACGGAAGGAUUCAAGCGUGGAUUACAAAUUAUGAUGACAAGGGCUCAACGUCCGUUCACUCUAAGCGCCGGCAACAUCAUGUUGCUCUCAUUGGACACUUUCGUACAGAUACUACGGACGUCCUACUCGAUUUUUACGGUACUUCAAAGUACAGCCGCCUAAAUAAAUUCGUCGUUAAUAUCGAAUUUCGUAGAUAUCCUUAUCGGAUCACAUAGCUUUUCUUAUAUCCUAAAAAAAGAGCUCGGAACAAUUAC